CCGCCUACAUCUGUACAUCGCUAACAUUCUCAACACUAAAUACACUGCACAACUGCCAUCUUACUCCACACCAGACAACCACACUACUUAAAGACACAAGCAGUCGAAUAUGCAGAACUUACGAAUUGCCAUCAUUGGAGCAGGCCCAGCUGGCUGCGCGCUCGCCCGACUUCUUCAUCUUGGAGGCAUCGAAGCCACCGUAUUCGAAGGAGAGGAUUCCGCCAGUGUCCGGUCUCAAGGCGGCACUCUGGAUUUGCACACUACCUCGGGUCUAGCAGCCGUCAAAGAAGCCGGCUUGUGGGACGAGUUCCUGUCGCAUGCUCGCUAUGAUGGGCAAUAUAUGGCCAUUACAGACAAGGAUUUGCACUACUACGUCGUCCGGGGUCUUGAUGCCGAGUCCAACGUUGCGUUUGGAGAACGCCCGGAAAUCGACCGCGUGAAGCUCAGAGAAAUCCUGCUCGACUCUCUCCCUGAAGGCACCGUCAAAUGGGGCCAUCGCCUGCAAAAGAUCGAAGGCAGCACCUUGAUAUUUACCAAUGGAACAACCGCUAGCUUCGAUCUUAUUGUUGGUGCCGAUGGUGCGUUCAGCAAGGUCCGCCUAUCCAUUGCUCCUGAGCUGAAGCCGGAGUACACGAGAGUCGCAAUGCAUCAUUUCAGCAUCCCCGAUGCUGAGAAAACCGCCCCAGAGGUUUACAAAAUCGUCAACCGCGGAAGCGUGUUUGCCAGUGCCGAUGGCCAGCGGUUCACUCUUCAGCAGAUGGGCGAUGGUAGCAUCAAUGCGGGCUUCGGCUUUGUGCGCGAGGAUGCGGAUUGGAUGAAGCCUGAAAAGUGCGGCUACGACUCCCAAGACUUGGCCGAGGUGAAGAAAGCAGUUGCCAAGGAGAUUGAACAUUGGGGCCCCGAGUUUCAUAGGGCCCUCGAUGCCGCUCAGGGGGAGACAAGCACCAGAUCGCUCUGGCGACUUCCCGUCGGACAAAAAUGGCAGCACAAGGCUGGCGUCACUCUUAUUGGCGAUGCAGCGCAUCUGAUGACUCCUCAUGCCGGUGAAGGUGUCAACCAAGCUCUCGAAGACGCCAUGCUUCUCGCUCGUGUGAUUCUCAAAGCUCAGAGCAGCGAAGAGCUAGACGAGCAGAUCGUUGCAUUCGAGUCAGAAAUGAUAGCUCGCGUCGAAAAGAUUCAGCAGCUAGCCUGGGAUCGCUGCCAAGGCUUGAUGUUCACCCCCGGCGUGCCCAAGACUCUCAUGGAUAGAAUGAUUCAGCAACGGAUCAAGGAGGCUAAGGCGAUGGGGUUGGAUGCAGAGCAGAUGAAGGCGAUGGAUGCUGCUGUGGCCAAGGCACAGGCUCAGGCAGAUGCUCUGAACAAGGCAUAAUUCAUAAGCAGCAGCGUGUAAUAUUUGUCGUCUCAGCUAUGUUAUAGCUAAGAUUAUUCAUUUCUUUGUCCUCUGCGUUAUGUCGCUGCUU